CCUUCCCAAUCCUCCAUUCAGAGCGCGCAAAUCACACAAGCAGCUGAUCACACUAGGUUCUAGCUCGGGACGUUCCAAUCAAUGGCGUUGUCGAAGAGGCUCGCGGCGACGGCGCUGCUGGUGCUGCUCGCGCUGGCGGCGUCCGCGUCCGCCAAGACGACGCGGGAAGCAGCUGAGGCGGCCACGGCCAAGACAACGCCGGGCGGCGCGGAGGUGGCGCCGGGCAAGGAGGAAGAGUCAUGGACGGGGUGGGCCAAGGACAAGAUCUCCGAGGGCCUCGGCCUCGACAAGAUCUCCGAGGGGCUCGGGCUCAAGCACCACGCCGACGAGGAGGAGGCCGCGCGCAAGGCCGGGCACACCGUCAAGUCCGCCCGCGAGACCGCCCAGCACACCGCCUCCGAGACGGGGAGGCAGGCGAGCGGCAAGGCUUCGGACGCCAAGGAGGCGGCGGACCAGGCGGCGACCGGGGCGGCCAACAAGGCGGGGCAGGCCAAGGACAAGGCGGCGGACACGGUGAAGGGCACGGCCGGCGAGGCGUCCAAGAAGGCGGAGCAGGCUAAGCACAAGACUAAGGAGUCCGCGGAGGCGGCCGCCAAGACUGGCGCAGAGACGCACGAGCGGUCGAAGCAGGGCAAGGCCAAGGUUGAGGAGACGGCCAAGGAGAAGGCCGGACAGGGGUACGAGACGCUGAAGCAAACAAAGGACGCGGCCGCCGAGAAGGCCGGCGCCGCCAAGGACACGGCUGCUGAGAAGGCUGGACAUGGGUACGAGACGCUGAAACAGUCCAAGGACGCCGCCGCGGAGAAGGCCGGCGGCGCCACGCAGACGGCCGCGGAGAAGGCAGCGGCAGCCAAGGACGCCGCCGCGGAGAAGGCCGGCGGCGCCACGCAGACAGCCGCGGAGAAGGCAGCAGCAGCCAAGGACGCCGGCGCCGGCGCCACGCAGACGGCCGCGGAGAAGGCAGCGGCAGCCAAGGACGCCGCCGCGGAGAAGGCCGGGGCCGCCAAGCAGACAGCCGCGGAGAAGGCAGCGGCAGCCAAGGACGCCGCCGCAGAGAAGGCCCGCGCCACGAAGGAUGCGGCCUGGGAGAAGACGGAGUCUGCCAAGGACGCCACAUGGCAGGCGCAGGAGAAGCUGAAGCAAUACAACGACGUCGCGUCGGAGAAGGCCGCGAACGUCAAGGACGCCGCUGCGGAGAAAGCCGGCACCGCCAAGCAGACGGCCGCGGAGAAGGCAGCAGCAGCGAAGGAUACCGCCGCGGCCGCGAAGGACGCCGCGUGGAAGAACGCCGAGGCGGCCAAGGGCACUGUCGGUAAGAAGGCAGGGGCGGCCAAGGACGCCACGUUGGAGAAGACGGCGUCGGCUAAGGACGUCGCGUGGGAGACGGCGGAGGCGGCGAAGGACACGGCCUGGGAGACGGCGGAGGCGGCCAAGGAUAAGGCCAACCAGGGGUACGAGAAGGUGAAGGAGAAGGUCGGGGAGGUGAAGGACAAGGUCACCGGCGCGGCAGCCGACGGCAAGGCGAAGAAGCACCGCAAGGACGACGAGCUGUGAAUGAGCACCAUCGUUCCGCAUUUCUUGCCAUAGCUCUUCUUCCAUGAAUGUUUUCAGUGUUCGAUCUAGUUUUUUCUUAUGCUGUUUCUUUUUGUAUAAUAAUGUGAUCAUCUGUAGAGAACCCUGCAC